AUGCCACGCAAGCAGUCUGGGGAGGCAGAGGGCCCAGCCAAGGGCAAAGCAGAGGAAGGAGAGCAGCCCCCCAAGGAAGAAGGCGAGCCCAAGGGCAGCAAAAGUCCUGGCUCUGAAUCGCGACGAAGCUCCCAGUCUGGCCACGGGCGCAAGCACAGUAAAAAGCAUCAAGCCGACCCCCAUGCAGCUGCCAUCAAGGCCUACUCGCCUUUCCUCAACACUGUCUUUGGCAAGGAGAGGGAGCUUUCCCCAGUGGAGCUGGAUGAAUUGCUAGAUGCCUUCAAGGAGUUUGACACUGACCAAGACGGCUACAUCAGUUACAAGGACCUGGGAGAGUGCAUGCGGACCAUGGGCUACAUGCCCACCGAGAUGGAACUGAUUGAGAUCUCCCAACACAUCAAAAUGCGCAUGGGUGGGCGUGUAGACUUUGAGGACUUUGUGGAGAUGAUGGGUCCAAAGCUGCGUGAGGAGACAGCUCACAUGGUGGGCGUGAGAGAGCUGAAAAUCGCUUUCCGUGAGUUUGACACAGACGGGGACGGGGCGAUUAGCCAGGCAGAGCUUCGCCAGGCUGUGAACGUCCUCCUAGGGGAGGAACUCAAGGCCCAUGAAGUGGAUGAGAUCCUGCAUGACGUUGAUCUCAAUGGGGAUGGCAGCGUGGACUUCGAUGAAUUUGUGAUGAUGCUGUCAUCCAGGUAA